CGAGCUUUACAGUCGAAGCGGCCUCUCAGCUCUUUCCACCCCACCUCGCACAUCUGGAUGCAGCGGGCAUGACGAUGGCGCCCCCAGGCGCCAUGGCGGAGGCUCCGCCGGCCGCCUCGGCGGCCGCGGCGGACGCCCCGAUGGCGGACGCCCCGCUGGCGGCCCCGCCCACGGCGGACGUGCCCGUGGCCGCCGCCCCGACGGCCGACGCGGCGGCCCCCGCCGCCGCCCCGACGGCGGACGCGCCCGUCGCGGCAGCCCCUGCGGCCGACGCCCCCGCGGCGGCGUCCGCGCCCGCCGCGGACGCGCCCUCGCAGGCCGCGCACACCGCGGACGCCCCGAUGCCGGCCGCGCCCGCUGGCGCGGCUGGGUCGGAGGCGGGCCCGGCGGUGCCCUCGGGGUUCGGUGGAGGCGUGCCCGCCGGGGCCGCCGGGGACGCCGCCGCGCCCAAGAAGCGCGCCGCACCCGGGGAGGGCAGGGGCGACGGCAAGCGGCGCAAGGCGGACUUUGCGAUGGGCGACCGUGGCGUGUUCUUCACCACCAUGUCGCCGGGCGCCGCCGGCAACGCUCGCCGCGACCUAGUGAAGCUUCUGGAGGAGGCGAUGGGCGUCGCCGCCGGCGGCGCCGCCGCCGCACCGUCCGCAGCGAGCGCUUCCGCCCAGCUGGACGCGGAGCUCCAGGAGCUGCGGGACACGAAGCCGACCUUCUCGAUGGUCAGCCACGAGAUAGCGAAGGAUGGCACUGGCUUUUUGAAGUUUGCCGGCACCGCCGACACCCCACCGCCCUCGGAGCUGGUGGCGAAGCUGCUGGAGCGGCAGAGAGUCGAGUACCAGGCCACGCGGAUGGCGCCGUGUUCUCGGCUGCUGUGCCGCGUGUUGCCCAUCGACUACACGUGCAAGCCGUACCUGGAGCAUUUCAAGUUGCUCGCGCAGACGGUUCUGCCGGGUCACGUGGGCCCCGAUGCCGAGCCCACGGUCUGGGCGCUGGAGUUCAGAGCGCGCAACACCAGCACGCUGAAGAAGGACACCGUGCUUGCCGUGAUAGACGAGAUCGUGCCCAAGGGACGGCACAAGGCGGCGCGCGCGGACGAGGGGCGGGGGCGUCGGCGCACAGCUCGUCUCGCGAUGGGUGCCUACAGUCAAGACGCUGGUUGAAACAAG